AUGGAGGCGCGAGUGCGGACAACUGUGUUGGAGACGCGGCUGCGGCACGUGCUGGGGCUGGUGGAGCCGGCAGGGUACGACUGGGCAGUCCACCCCCGGCUGGCUGAGGAACUCGUCAACCAGUGCGGGGUCGUCAAGGGGCGGCUGGACAACCGUACACUGGAGUCGCUGGGCUACACGGACCCCUGCCAGCUCCACCACAUGGUAUCGUCCAUCCUGCCCCCCAGCAGAGUCCGCGGGGUCAUCGUCCUGCUGGACAGUCUUCGCGCCCUCACAGCCAAUCAGGGCAAACCUCUCUUCUCGUUCUGACAUACGUAAAUAC